GGAGGAAAAAGACAUAGAGAGCGAGGGGAGCUCAAGUGACACUUGUAGUCUCUCCCUCUCUCUCGCUCUGUCUCUCUGUUUUGCUCGCUGUGCCCUGACCCGGGACGGAUGAGUGUCUGGAGGAGGGAGAAAGGCGGGACACCCUGUGAUUUUUGUGUGCGUGUGUGUGUGUCUGGUGAAAGAUGGUCCAUGUGAAGGAGUUGCAGUUUGAACGUCUGACCAGGGAACUGGAAGCCGAACGACAGAUUGUUGCCAGUCAGCUGGAGAGAUGCAAGCUUGGCUCUGAGACAGGAAGCAUGACAAGCAUCAGUUCAACAGAUGAAAAAUUCCGCUGGAACAACCAAGAUGGACAGAAGGACAUAGAAGAGGAGUUGACAACAGGCCUGGAGCUGGUGGAUUCCUGCAUUCGAUCACUUCAGGAGUCAGGCAUCUUGGACUCGCAGGACACUUCGACAGGAGACAGACAAGGACUUCUGUCGCAAAGUGCUCUACAGCUAAAUAACCAGGAUGCCUAUGCGGGAGCUGGUUACCAUAGUAACCAAGGCCUCACACUCGGGGAGUCGGUGACAGGUCGCAGUGGCCAAGUUGGAGGAGCAGUUCACAGCUACAACCAGGUGACAUCCAGCCGUGCAGCUGCCCAGUUAGCAGCGAUAGACUCUCCGUCGCAGUCCCAGAGAGACUCAUUUGCCCAGCAGGCUCAUGGCAGCGCCUUCCACAUGCCCAGUGACGGUGGACCUGCACCUGUUGGACCAUCCAUGUACUACUCCUGUGCCACGUUACCUGCUCAGCGUGUCAGCUCCCCUUUGCAGGCAGUGGGAUCGCCCACUAAGCUGCAGCGCCUGGCUUCAGCCUCCUCUGAUAUGCCCAGCUACGCCACGCUACAGAGAGUGUCGUCGCCCAAACAGUCACCGAGCCGACUCGCCAAGUCCUACAGCACGUCAUCGCCCAUCAACAUGGUCGCGUCGGGCGGCUCCUCCUCGCCGCUCCCCAUGGCGGCGUCGCCGGGAGGUAACCACGGGUCGUCGCCGCUGCACCAGCUCAGCUCGGGAGUGGGAAGCUACGCCACGCUGUCGCCCACCAAACGCAUGCUGCACCACAUCGGAGCCGAGACGUACAAGAUCUCCCACGAGCUUUACGCCAACGCAACCCUGCAGAGGCCUGGGAGCCUGGCCGGUAGAGGCUCCAGAGGUUCCUACAGCAGCCAGCUCAGUCACCUGGGCGCCGAGCUGCGGCCUCUGCAGUCUCCUGAGCACCACAUCGACCCCAUCUAUGAAGACAGAGUCUACACCAAACCUGGCCUUAGAGGACAAGCCACGUCAAACCCAGUGAUCAACCAGUUGUACCAAGAAGUCCUCAACUAUCUGCUCUUUCCCUACGCUCCUCUUCCUGCUUUAGCCCCACCCUCCCCUGGUGUAGAUCCAAUCCCCUUGCAGCGAACGGGAAGCCAGAGCGCCACUGCGACCUUCCAGAGAGGCAGCUUCGCAACAGGAGGCGGCGCUUCUGACUUCGCCAACCCGUAUCGCACCCUGCAGUUCUGCCCGUCCACCGAGUCUCCGUACAGCAAGUCUGGCCCCGCCCUCCCUCCUGAACCCGCCCUGGGCCGGUCCCCCUCUGUGGACAGCAUCCAGAAGGAUCCAAGGUACGACCCCGAAUUCCUUGUGUGGAAUCAAAAUCAAGCCGAGCAAAGAAUGACAAAGGAGUUCGGCUGGAGAGAUCCCGAGCUGCCAGAGGUGAUCCAGAUGUUGCAGCAUCAGUUCCCGUCAGUCCAGUCCAAUGCCGCUGCCUACCUCCAGCACCUCUGCUUUGGAGACAACAAGAUCAAAUCAGAGAUCCGGCGGCAGGGCGGCAUCCAGCUGCUGGUGGACCUGUUGGACCACCGGAUGACCGACGUCCACCGCAGUGCCUGCGGAGCGCUGAGGAACCUGGUGUACGGCAAAGCCAACGACGACAACAAGAUCGCCCUGAAGAACUGCGGAGGCAUUCCCGCUCUGGUCCGACUGCUCCGGAAAACCACAGAUGUGGAGAUCAGAGAGCUGCUCACAGGUGUCUUGUGGAACCUGUCGUCGUGCGACGCCCUGAAGAUGCCCAUCAUCCAGGAUGCUCUGGCCGUGUUGACCAACGCUGUCAUCAUCCCUCACUCGGGCUGGGACACGUCCCCGCACACUCAGGAGGACCGCAAGCUGCAACUGCACUCGUCCCAGGUCCUUCGCAACGCCACAGGUUGUCUGCGGAAUGUGAGCUCGGCAGGAGAAGAGGCUCGCAGGAGGAUGAGGGAGUGUGAAGGCCUGACAGACGCUCUGCUCUAUGUUAUCCAGACGGCUCUGGGGAGCAGUGAGAUCGACAGCAAGACCGUAGAGAACUGCGUGUGCAUCCUGAGGAACUUGUCGUACCGUCUGGCUGCAGAGACAUCGCACAGCCAGCAGGGGGGGUCGGAGGAGCUGGACGGUCUGUUGUGUGACACUGGUGGGAAGGACGGCGAGAGUUCCGGAUGCUGGGGCAAGAAGAAGAAGAAAAAGAAAGGACAUGACCAGUGGGACGGUGUCGGCCCAUUUCCAGAUUUGGCGGAGCCCCCGAAAGGCAUCCAGAUGUUAUGGCAUCCCACUAUUGUCAAGCCCUACCUCACGCUGCUGUCUGAGUGCUCCAACCCAGACACCCUGGAGGGAGCAGCUGGGGCCCUGCAGAACUUGGCUGCUGGCAGCUGGAAGUGGUCAGUGUAUAUCCGGGCUGCAGUGCGUAAGGAGAAAGGCUUACCCAUCCUGGUGGAGUUGCUGAGGAUAGACAAUGAUCGGGUGGUGUGUGCCGUGGCCACCGCACUCAGAAACAUGGCUCUGGACAUCAGGAACAAGGAACUCAUCGGUAAAUACGCCAUGAGGGACCUGGUGCACCGUUUGCCCGGAGGCAGCAACAACAACAACACGACUGGCAGUGGGGGAGGAAGUGGAGGAGGCGCCAACAACAACGGCAGCCUGAUGGGGAAGACCAUGUCGGACGACACCAUCACGGCUAUCUGCUGUGCGUUGCACGAGGUCAUCACUAAGAACAUGGAGAACACCAAGGCUCUGAGGGACGCUGGCGGCAUCGAGAAGCUCAUUGGCAUCGCCCGCAGCAAAGGAGACAAAAUUCCCAGACAUAGUCCCAAAGUGGUGAAAGCAGCGUCUCAGGUCCUGAACAGCAUGUGGCAGUACAGAGACCUGCGCAGCCUCUACAAGAAGGAUGGAUACUCUCAGUACCAUUUCAUCGGCUCUUCCUCCACGAUAGAGCGAGACAGGCAGCGACCUUACUCCUCCUCUCGCACUCCGUCCGUCUCCCCCGUACGGACCUCACCCAACAAUCGAUCAGCAAGUGCACCCGCUUCCCCCAGGGACAUGUUGCCGAUGAAGGAGAGGAAGGCAGACUAUGAGUCGACUGGCAAUUCCAGUUACCAUAGCAACAAGGGCGAGCACACGUCCCGCAAGGACGCCAUGACAACUCAAAUCUCUGGUGGCUCUUCAACACUACACAGAGGAGCGUACGUGUCUCCUACUGAUGACCGGAAGUAUAAUCAGGUCUCCUGUCAAGGUCUGCCGUCAGAGCCUUACCCUCCUUUCCAAAACCCUCCGCCGGUCGACAGCGGCAACUACGAGGACCAGGCCUUCUACGAGAACCAGGUUCACGUGGGGGGGCGCCCCCCGCAGGGCGACCUCAACAUGCACCUGCAGGGCCUCAAGUCCACCGGCAACUACGUGGACUUCUACUCGGCCGCACGGCCCUACAGUGAGCUCAACUACGAGACCAGCCACUACCCAGCUUCACCAGACUCCUGGGUGUGAGAGGAGACAAAGGAGAGGAGGAGACGAGGAGGAGACGGAGGGAUGGACAGUGAAUGAGUAGGUGGAGGAGAGAAGACAAAAAGGACAGUCCCUUCCUCCCCGUCCUCCCCUGCUGUUCCUGAGUAGCAUCGUAUCGUAGGCAGCAGGACGGCAGAGGAGGAGGAUGGAGCACAAGAAAUGAGACGUGAGGAGAAAAUCUAAGACAUUACUGUCUUCUUCUUCUUCUCCUUCUUUUCUUUUUUUACAUGGAGGAGAGAGGACGAGGACCAGAGGCAAACGGAGGAGUGGCCACGCAUGUGCAUGCACACACCACCAACAACAAAUGAACAGACAGACUUUUUCUCUGGAGAAAGAUCUUCAUGCACCUGAAAAAGCCUCUGGAUACAGAAGGUUUAAAAAAAAGAAAAGAGACGGGAAAGUGAUGGACGAAGACAAGAAGGGGACAACAGUGUGAACGGAGAACGAAGAAGGACAAUGAAAGUGGACUCAGGGGACGCAAGGUUUUGGGGAUAGUGCGAGAGAGAGACUCACCUGUAAAUAUGUGGUAUAGCUAAGUGGCUUUUAGUAACGUGAAGCACAAGAGGCAGAGCUGUAGGACGUGUAGGACAUGUUUGGUUUCUUCUGUGGCUUCAGCGUGGUGUUUCCUCCUCCGGGCAAAGAACAUUUCCGGACUUUGUCAUUUGUAAGAGAUUUUUGGUUUUUCCUCUCUUUUCUUUUCUUUACUUUUCUUUCUCCUUUUUUUCGUUUGUGUUUCUACUUUUUUAAUUCCGGUUGUAUAGUAAUCGAUGUACAUUGUACAUUUUAAACGGAGACGCAUUGUGUUUACUGUACAUUGCACUAUUUUCUGUGUCAUGUCGGGCCUUUUUUUUUCCGCUCACCUCCUCACACGCUGAACAUCACUUUGUCCAAAACGCACAGAUGAAACACUGGAUGAAUGCCGCUCCUGGUGCAGCAGGUGUUGGUGCUUCUUUUACUGUCUUUUCCUGCUGAUAGUUUGUACGGAACGCGACGUAGCAUCGCUGCCAAAAUAUUGUUAUUUUUUUUUAUUUUUACCUGCCUACAUCAACGCCACAAAUACAAGUUUUGUUUCCCUUCUUCACGUGAACUGUGUAUAUAACCGUGCCAAACAAGGGUUCAUUCCCGCCUCAGCUAUAAGGAGGAGAAAUGCGAGGAGGCGGAGUUAGUGUCGGGGUGCGUUCAAGGGUCCAAGUUCAGCUGAACAUCCUCACGGUUCCAACAAUGCCAGUUUGUAAAUGCUUUGGUUUUUCUAAGCUGUGUUUUACUGGGAUUAAAAAAACAAAGAAGUAUCUCACUGCACCAGGACGAGGGACGACAAACUUUAAAAAUGAUUAAAAAAAACUUUAAAAUACAACAAAAAAACUAUGACCACGGGGGGGACUGUGACCAGGGUGGAACCUCGCUUCCUCCAAAGUUGUACAAAACUAGUUGAUUUUCUGUGUUGUAAAAUAAUCCAUGUUAAAAAAACAAAAAAACACUUUUCUGAGAGAUGGUCAGCAGUUGUAACUUCAUGGUAGACUAAACUGUUAAUAGAGUCUGGAUAUAUAUUAUAUAAAUAUAAAUAUAUACUUUUUAUGUGCAGAUGUGGAUGUCACUUAUAGCAGCAACGUUAUGGUUAAAAAGACUUGUUUAAAAGAGAAACACACACACACACACAAAAAAAUAAAAAUAAUAAUAAAGAAAUAAAGAAACAGCAACAUGUAGGGAUUUUCGUUCACACUUUUUUUUUGAUUUUCCGGUCAAAAACACUGACGUUUGUCGACUUUUGUGUCGUAAUGUUGUUGCUCUGUGGAGUAGAGUAGACGCAGGGAGCCGCGUUGUCACGGAAACAAGUCAAGUCACGGCUUUGGACUUGAGUCAGACUUCAUUUGACGACUUUAAGACUUGAAAUCAGUAACGGCUUCAUCCAAAACUGGGUUUUUUCCUUAUCAGCAGAAAUCUGCACUAACGCACAUAUAUCACAGGAUCGUCUACGUACACGUUUACUCUCUCCUUCACGUUUGUUUUAAGACGUUCUGCUAACUAGAGCUGGAUUCAGAAUAUGGAUUUUUUUGUGCGAUUCCUUUCUUAAUUUAAAAAGGUCUGAUAACGAUUCAUGAAAUCCUGAGAGCGCUCAUUUAAAGACAAACUGCCCUGCAUGUUUGAGAUGUUGCUCUUCCUCCAUCACACCUGAUUCAAACGAGUCGGUCGUUAUGGAGCUUUGAUGACGAGCUCACCAUUUGAAUCAGGUGUGUUAGAGGAAGGGAAACAUUUAAAACAUGCACAGGGACUUUAAAUACACGCAAGAUUUGUGCAGAGGACCUUGACCGAGAUCCGUGUUCGCAAGUUUGUUCAUUACUUUGUCACCGACGGUGUAGAAAUACGCCCGAAAUACGUCCGAUGUCCACUCAGGACAGUGUAGUCGUCCAUUGUUGCCGCAAAACAACAACAGCAAAACAAUCACUGUAGGCUUCUUCUGCGUCCUCUGCUGGACAAGUAGGUGAUUACUUCAAACUGUCUGAUGCGUUCCCGGUCUGUAUGUUUUGAACUUUUAACAGGUUUUUAAGGUUAUAAUCAGCCUCAAAUGAGACCACACUUCUCGAGCCUCUUUAUUUGAAAAUACUUUUUUUGAGGUAAAACGCACAAUUUGAAUUCCAAAUUUUUUUGUUGUCGAUAAAUCUCUUCUUUGUUUUAUUUCUGUGACAGAAUUAAGACAAAAUUGUUAAUAAUCUGCCAAAAUCCGAGGAACGACUGGACUGUCCCCACAAAGCUGGUUUUAAGUGUAAUAGUUAAUAAAUAAUAAGCAUCUGGAAAGUGACAACGUCAUGUAUGUGCUUGUGAUCCUUAGGCACAGAGAAACCUGACUGUAUGAAGAUAAAACAUUGGUAAAUGUUUUUGUUUUCCUUUGUUUUUGUUUUGUUGCUAGAUCAAACGUGUUUAAAAAAAGAAAAGAAGAGAGAAUUGUGAAUCUUUUUAUUGCCUCAAACAGAUUACAACUGCUCCAAAAAAAUAUAAACGGACCAUCAAAGGAAAUCUGAUUUCAUGAUGUUGUUUGUUCUCUUUAAAAAUUCAUUUGGAUGCUGCUGCUGCUUUUCUGUGUGUUUUUACAUCAUACAAGUGUCCUUUUUUGAUUUAAUGUUUCCACAACGUUUUACUUUUUAGUUGUGUUUUUCCUUCUCUUUCAGUCCCAAUAUGCAAAUGAAGCUCGGUGAAACUCGUUUGAGACACUUCAUCCAUCACGUCACGAUCAGUAUUUCGGUCAAAUUAAGGCACCCCUCUAGUGGGCGGUGCAUUCAAGGACAUGGGGGGGGGGGAGUGGUGAUCAGUUGCUAGACGGGCAGUUAAAAGUGAUGAAUUAUGUGUGAAAACUGAAUGAAAAGAAGAAACUUUGUUUCCCUCAACGUUGUUUGAAUUUAAAGUUGUUAUUAUUCGGAAGUCAACUCUUAUUAAGAUGCAAUCAAGGGCACCGAGAGGUGCACUGUAGGGUUUCUUAUUAAUAAACAUGUUGUGUUUACA